CCUGUCUCCAACGUCGCCGCGCUCGUUCGAUGACCCCUCGGGGCUCAGGUCGUCGUUCGUCGCGCCUCUAAUGCCACGCAGCGUUCGCAUCCACACUUCGCACGCACACAAGCAACCCCUCCGACCGUCGAACCGGCAAACAUGGGCCGCCUCGACGACAAACCGUCAGAAUUGGACCAGGUCUCAUCGCUCGAGGCGUCUACGAGGGCUUCCCAUGCGUGGGACAACGACGACGACGACUACGACCUGCAGGCUAUGGGUCUAGCCGAUGGAUUUUUCCCGACGCAAAACACGCACAUUGGUGCCGAUAGGCUGUCGACAACGCCUGGGGAUCCCCCGUCUGCGCGAGUGCCCCCUCCUCGACCGUCGAGCAUCACGAAGCCGCAUCGCCGUGAGGAUUCUCUGACUUUGGGACACGAUGGGUCGUCAAGUGAUGCGAGCAGCGAGAUAAGUAGGGUCUCGACCGUCUCGAUAACGUCGCCCUUCGCAGACCCCGAAGAGCCGUAUAAUGGCCCCUCCGGACCGUCACACCCGUACCAGAUGUACCCGCAAAAUGUUCGAAUGGCUCGAACAGCCAGCUUGGCGACUACGUCGACCGCACCUGUCUCCGAGCGAUCGUAUACUGGGCCUCGCGGGCCGACGCAUCCAUACGGCAUGUACCCGCAAGGCACCGUGCCGGGAGCACAGGGAGCGCUCAAUCUAGGGGAGCAGGAGAGCAUCAACGUCGGCUUCGUGGGCGCGACGGACAAUUACCGGCGGAGAAUUGGGCCUGACGGGGAGGAUGCGGCAGAUUUGAUAGGUCCGGACGGUCAUACGGAGCAAUUACCGCCGUACACGCGGUAUCCGGAGGAGGCAUAUCAUAGGAAGGCAUUGGGGAUAGAAGAUCCCCGGCCGGCGGUGACGGCUCAACCGAUGCUGGCGAUUCCAGGUGCUGGAGGCAUCGGAUUGGCUGCCCGGAAUCCCGAAUUCGCGUCUACCGAGGAUUUAGCUGCCACGAGGCCCCCUCAGUCUCGACAAUCCGUCCAGAGCUUCUUGUCCGAUAGUAGUCGUCAAGAGAUGAACGCCGUGGCUCGGUCGGACUCGGCCCAGCCGGGGCCGGUAGCAGGAAACGAAAAGGCGCCGCUGAAGGACUGGCAAGUGACAGCGAAAAGGAGAGUUUGGGGUAUCGUCCCGUGUUGGGCCAUCGUCCUGGCCGCCAUCGUCCUCGUCUUGAUGGGAAUAAUUCUCGGGGCAGUCAUCGGCACGCUCGUCAACCCUCGUUUCAAGAAAGGACCACCACCCAAUAAGCCGCCUUCGCCGGAGACAACGCUGAGUCCCUGGGACACGCAACCUAUUAGCGCUCUACCUUCUGACCUACCGCCGUUAUUUGAGGGAAAGUAUGCCAUGCCUCUCUUGAUGAACCGAAUGUCAACUACCUGCUUUGGCGACUCUACGAUGUCCCAAGCAUGGAACUGCAACAUCGUUUUCUCCCAGCUUGCCAUGACGGUUAGAAAACGAGGUGGCGAGCCAGACGUAUCGAAUUACGUCUUUGAUUUCUCAUAUAACAACACCCAAAGCCUGAAGAACUACGUCUACAGUUACGGGACGCAGCCACCUGAUUUAUCAAACCUGAAGAUGGUCCUCGUGGACGAUGUGUACGAGCUCUCUCGCGGCCCCGCGUGGAGCUUCAUAGCUAGGUACGACAAGGUUGUCAUUGUGCCUGAGUACCUCCUCGCGCCCAGCAGCGCCCCCCCCUUGCCGCAGGCACGCCGCCGGAUGUCAUUCGGUGGCGAUUUCAAGCGUAAAAGUGUAGCCCAGGUCGGAGACAGGCCGUGGGUUUGUCGCUGGGACAACACAAUCUUGGAGGGGUUCAUCUAUGCGAACCAGAGCAACAGUUUUAGCCGUUCCGUCGAUCCGAGGCCGGUGUCGAGCACUCUGCCGGCGGCUCUCAGCGGGAAUGCCGGCAGCGCGCCAGCCGCGACGCCUACUGGGGAUACGGGAGCGCUAUCCCCGCAGACCAACGGCGGGUUCGUCGCUUCGAAUAAAGCCCGCGGCGACCCUUCGGACCAACGCGGAUCUCCCUCGACGGUCGAUAGCACACCCGCGACUACAACUUCUAGCCCGGCUUCGUCGUCGUCGUCGGGCCUGUUUAAUGACGACGCCCCCUCCUCUGGUAAUACUAUUCCCGUAUACCCACAGGUCAUCAAGAUCGCGGAGCGUCGCGAUGCCGCAUCUGCGAUGGCCAAGCCGCGGUGUCGCCAGUAUCAGAUCGUGGGAGAAUACCAGGAGGCGAUCCCGAUGUUAGACACGAACGGGAACUUUAUCGAAAUCGACAUUGACGAGCAUGAACGCUCCUUCGAGAACCCCGCAGAGUCGAGGCGGAGCACUAAUGGCCACCAUCUGUGGCCCCGCGGCGACGGCAAGAUAGGCAGCGAUAUGACGGACUGCAGUUGCAUGUGGUGGCUUACCUGAGCGCGUGCAUUAUCGUCCCCGCUGUGUCAUGGGGAUUUCUCAUCCGACAUUUUCGGUCCGUCCGUACAGCGAACAAGCAAGCCAACGACAGGGACAAGCUGACUGUACAUAUACAUCAUAUGCGCCAUCGACACGAGAUUCCUUUUUUGGUUGUUUUGGAGAAAGCGCAUUGCACA